GGGAGGACCCGGGGACGGAAGAGGGUGGCCGUAGGCCGGGCCCCGCCCCGGGGCUGCUUCCCAGCGGGUUCCGUUGGCCGUGGCUGCCGCGGAGGCUGUGGCGGCGGUGGCCGCCGGGCGGGCGUAAGAUGGCGACGGCGGCGGCGGGAGCCCUGGGCCUCCUGUGGGGCUGGCUGUGGAGCGAGCGCUUCUGGCUGCCGCAGAACGUGAGCUGGGCCGACCUGGAGGGCCCGGCCGACGGCUACGGCUACCCGCGCGCCCGGCACAUGCUGUCGGUGUUCCCGCUGGCCGCGGGGGUCUUCUUCAUACGUGUGCUUUAGCACAGAUUUAUUGCCAAGCCCUGCGCACUCCAUGCUGGCAUCGAAGACAGUGUUCUCUAUCGGGUGGAGUCCAAUGACACCCUUGAAAAGGUGUUCAUGUCUAUUACUAAGUAUCCUGACGAGAAAAGGUUGGAGGGCCUGGCAAAGCAGCUGGACUGGGACGUCCGAAAAAUCCAGUGCUGGUUUCGUCAUCGGAGGAAUCAAGACAAGCCUCCAACGCUCACUAAGUUCUGUGAAAGCAUGUGGAGAUUCACUUUUUAUUUAUGUGUGUUCUGCUACGGAAUUAGAUUUCUCUGGUUGACGCCUUGGUUCUGGGACACCCGACAAUGCUGGCAGAGCUAUCCGUAUCAGGGCUCCUAACCGCUGUGCCAGGGGAGCUGCGGGUGGGCGGCCGUUCCCACAGCCUCUGGAACCUCUGCUGCCAUUUCUUCCUAGGACUUCCUGAUCAUGUUUGUGCAUCACUUGGCCACCAUCGGGCUCAUCACCUUCUCCUACAUCAACAACAUGGUCCGCGUCGGGAGUCUGGUCAUGUGUCUCCACGACUCCUCGGACUUCCUGCUGGAAGCUGCCAAGCUGGCCAAUUAUGCCAAAUAUCAGCGCCUCUGUGACACCCUCUUUGUGAUCUUUAGUGCAGUUUUUAUGGUCACUCGUCUAGGAAUCUACCCACUGUGGAUUCUGAACACAACCCUCUUUGAGAGUUGGGAAAUGAUCGGGCCCUACCCUUCCUGGUGGUUCUUCAAUGGCCUUCUCCUGACCCUACAGGUUCUGCAUGUCAUCUGGUCUUACCUAAUUGCGAGAAUUGCUUUUAAAGCCUUGAUCCGGGGAAAGGUGUCUAAGGAUGACCGCAGUGACGUGGAGAGCAGCUCAGAGGAAGAAGAUGAGGCCACCCACACAAACAAGCUCUCUGGCCGCAGCUCCAGCAAUGGCGCCAACUGCGUGAAUGGCCACAUGGGAGGCAGCCACUGGGCUGAAGAGCGUGGGACUUGUAAGGCUGUUGGCGGCCCGCUCUUUGGGGCUUCCCCACAUCUCCAGUCCUGUGACUAGGACAGAAAGGCUCUGAGGAGGAUCAAAGAAACAAACAGUUUCAUGUCUUAAAGAAACGCCGCUGUUUUGUAUUUAAUGCCCCCGGUCCUUUUAGUAACGUUAUUUCUCUGUCUGUGUUUGUGUGUUUGUGCAUUGUGCAUACGGAUGAGUUUCAUCGACUGGGCUGGGGCACGGUUUUGGACCACUAGGCAUCACCUAGCCAGUUCUGAACCCACCUCAAACCCAGCGUUGGCUGCAUCUUGAAUUACGCUGUCUGUCUCCAGACCAUCUUCGUCCUUGUCCCACGGCUCUCGAGGCUCCAAGUUCCUGAUCCAUCUAAAUAAAUGGUGCUGCCAGAUUCAGCUCCUCCAGGCUUUGGGAACGGUUCUUCUGGAGCAGGAAGCAGUGUUUCACCUGAUGAAGGACUCUGGCUAGGGGAUCACUGUGGCCUCUACCGCAUCCCCUUCCUACCGCCUGACGGUGACUGGGACAACUACUGAUGCCCUGCUUUUUACUCAACGGUACGCAGGGAGGGGGUGGGAGAGGAUGAGCUGAGAUGUGGAGAGCGGCAGCCACUGGUGUGCUGUUAACGGUUUUAUACUAUUGUUUACUCUUGUGUAAUUAAAGUGUUUGAACCUCC